UUCUACAUCGGUGGUCUUUACUAAAUCUGUCAGAGGUCUCCCGUGUGCUUUACACCGGGUACAGAGUUUAACAGUCCAGUUAAACAUUUAUGCAGUCACUGAUCAUGAAAAGUUCAAAGGAAGCUGUGCAGACUGCUGCCAAGGAGUUCCUCCAGUUCGUGAACAAAGGAGUGUCUCCAUACCACGUGGUUGAGGAGUGUAAGUCUCGUCUGCUGGGGGCUGGCUUUACUGAGCUGAAGGAGACUGAGCAGUGGAACAUCAAGCCUGCCAGUAAGUACUUUGUGACCCGUAACUACUCCUCCAUCAUCGCUUUUGCUGUGGGUGGACAUUUCCAGCCAGGCAAUGGCUUCACUAUGAUUGGAGCACACACAGACAGCCCCUGUCUGAGGAUUAAGCCACGGUCCAAGAAGACCAAACAGGGCUGUCUGCAGGUCGGGGUGGAGUGCUACGGAGGAGGAAUCUGGAACACCUGGUUUGACCGGGAUCUGACCAUCGCCGGUCGUGUUAUGGUCAAGACUGGAGAUAAGCUGGUCCAUCGUCUGGUUCACGUGCCCCGGCCGAUCAUGAGGAUCCCCCACCUGGCCAUCCACCUCCAGAGGGACAUCAACGACUCCUUCGGCCCCAACAAGGAGAACCACCUAGUGCCCAUCCUAGCCACUGCUGUACAGGAGGAGCUGGAGACUGGCUGCUGUUCCACUGGGGAUGCCUGCAAUGCCACCACUUUUGCAGAGAAGCACCACCCGGCCCUGGUCAAGGUGCUGUGUUCAGAGCUGGACGUUCAGCCUGAGGCCCUGCUGGACUUUGAGCUGUGUCUGGCUGACACUCAGCCAGGGGCAAUUGGAGGUGUGUUUGAAGAGUUCAUCUACUCCCCCCGUCUGGACAACCUCCACAGCUGCUACUGUGCCCUACAGGCUCUGAUGGACUCCUGCAUCUCUAGAGACUCUUUGGUCACAGACCCCAACAUCAGGAUGGUGACUCUGUUUGACAAUGAAGAGGUGGGGUCAGAGAGCGCCCAGGGGGCAGCGUCCAACCUGACAGAGCUGAUCCUGAGUCGACUGUCCUCCUCCCCCACCAACCUCACAGCCUUCCAGCAGGCGGUGCCACGCUCCUUCAUGAUCAGCGCUGACAUGGCCCACGCCCUGCACCCCAACUACCAGGAGAAGCAUGAUGAAAACCACAGACCAGCCUUCCACAAGGGUCCUGUAGUUAAAUUCAACAGUAACCAGCGCUAUGCCACUACGGCUGUGACAGCCUCCAUCUUGAGAGAGAUCGCCAGUCGUGUUGGUGUGCCUCUUCAGGAUGUGAUGGUGCGUAACGACAGCCCCUGUGGGACCACCAUCGGCCCCAUCCUGUCUUCCCGCCUGGGGAUCCCCGUGCUGGACAUCGGUGCCCCCCAGCUGGCCAUGCACUCCAUCAGGGAGAUGUGCUGCACCUCUGGAGUGCUCCAGUCUACCAACCUAUUCAAGGGCUUCUUUGAGCUCUUCCCCACUGUGAGAGACAUGGUGACUGUGGACUAGCCUGGGGGAAGGACACAGCAUGGACAGAAGGACAGACAGAUGUCCUCCUCUGGGUCUCUCUACAUACUGUGUUAUUUGUAUACUCACAUGACACACAGUGCUUCAGCAGAACGUUUUGCACACAUUCAGAGGCAAGGAACUUCAAAUGAUGUUUCUGAUGAACUAAAAUGGUUUAUAAAAUAAUCCAUUUUUAAUCUACA